GAGAGCUUCCACAGCUGGGAAUUUGUGCUUCCGAUGGGUUUGCGUGCUGUGUGUGGGUCGCCGGCGGAGGUUCUCGUUGGUUGCAGUGUGUUAAUGCCCACGGAGAAUCACUUUGCGCGCUUCGUGAGUGGAGAGAGCGAGAAAGAGAGCGCAAGAGGGAGUGUGUGAUAAGCUCCAGUGGCCGAGGAGACACUCUCGAUGGGCAGAAGAGCGUGGAUUCAGUGGCGACUUGUGCGGCAAAGGCGAAGGAGUGAAGUUUCCCAAUGUCGUGCCUCUGGUAUUUUGGGGCCAUGAGCUCCGCAGCGACGAUGACACUGCUGGUGCUGUACCUGGUGGCGUCCACAUCCUCCAGCCAGAUCGUCCUCAACACCGGCUGGAGUCUGCACAGCGAGAACACAAGCAUAAGCAUCAAUGGGAUUUCUCUGCCUUCCGGUGUCUACUCGGCACUGCAAGAUGCCGGCUACACCAACUCCGUCCUGCACUCGUACAAUGAUGUGCAGCUCAGGUGGGCUGCGAUGGAUAAUUGGGCAUAUUCAGUCAAUUUCACAGUGACCGAUGAAGUUCUGGCCGCCAAGCACAUCAUCCUCACCCUCCACGGAGUGGACACUGUGGCUGAAGUGUACUUGAAUGGGUUUCAAUUAGCCACAGUGGAUGGCAAAGUUCAGCUGGACAACAUGUUCACACGCUACAGAUUCGAUGUGAAGCAAUUGCUGGUGGAAUCCAUCUUCGAGCGCUUCUGCACUGUGACGGUGAGAAUAAAAUCUCCUGUGAUCUAUGCGAAAUACUUGGCCGGGAAACAUCCCACAACUCCUCCAGAAUGUCCGCCCAACGUGUACAACGGUGAGUGCCACAUGAACUUCCUGCGGAAGAUGCAGGCGAGCUUCUCCUGGGAUUGGGGACCAGCCGUUCCCUCGUCCGGACUGUGGAGACCCGUCGUCUUGGAGUACUACAACUCAGUGGUGAUCAGAGACAUCACAGUGCAGCUGGAGGAGGACAGAGCCCAGGAUCUGUGGAAUGUGCAUCUGGUGAUUUAUCUGGAGGCUGGCAGUGGAGUCAAUGAUGUCAAAGGAACGCUCAAACUGACUUUCGUGGACUUUCCAGGAAGCGAGAAAUCUUUCCAGGUGGACGAGAAGACGGAUGCGAGUGGAGAAUUGGCCUUGACCGCUUCUCUGGAUGUUCCCAGGAGUGAUGCUGAGCUCUGGUGGCCAAAUGGCUAUGGCAGACAGAAGUUGUAUGUGCUCCAAGCGAUCUUCGAUCCCGGAAACAUUCCACGCACCAGAGGAAAUGCAAUUGUUCAGCUACAGCAGGAGCAAGUGUCCAAGAGCAUCAAGGUGGGCUUCAGGACCAUCGAACUGGUGCAGGAAGAGACGCCAGACAAUGGCGGCAAGGGAUUGUCCUUUUACUUCCGCGUCAAUGGGGUGGCGAUCUUCAUGAAGGGCACCAACUGGAUUCCCUCCAGCAUUCUGCCGGAGAAGUCCUUCAGCAUGCAGCACGUGAAGCAUCUCCUGAAGGCCGUGAAGACGUCGCACAUGAACAUGAUCAGAGUCUGGGGAGGAGGUCUCUAUGAGGAUGAUCGCUUCUAUGAGCUGACAGACACUUAUGGGAUUCUCAUCUGGCACGAUCUCAUGUUCGCCUGCGCCAUGUAUCCAGUCUUCCCGGACUUCCUGGCGUCUGUACAAGAGGAAGUGCGUCAGAAUGUGCGCCGGAUUCAGAGCCAUCCGAGUGUGGCCAUUUGGGCGACUAACAAUGAGAAUGAAGUGGCUCUGGUGCAGAAUUGGUAUCACACAGGCGGCGAUCGGCAGAGAUUUGAGCGGGAAUAUCGUCAGCUGUACAUCGAUGUGGUGAAGAAGGAGGUGGAAAUUCAUGAUCCCUGGCGAGAGUGUCUCAGCUCGUCUCCGUCAAACGGACGCCAGACAGAGGCGGAUAAUUGGAUAUCCAAGGAUCCUCAGGAUUGGCAUUUUGGCGAUAUUCACUACUACAAUUACGACCUGGACGCGUGGAAUCCCUCAAUCUACCCAAGACCUCGAUUCGUCUCCGAGUACGGCUUCCAGAGUCUGCCCUCGUUGAAUGCCUUUGAGAGCAUCCUUGCGCCAAAGGACAACAUCAGUGAGAUGAUAAAUCAUCGGCAACACUCUCCGCUGAGGAAUUUUCCCAUUGAUGGACUGAUAAAGCGCCACUUGCCGCUGGAGACUCUAUCCGGAGAUCCCAAGGAAGUCCUGGAAGCGUACAUCUUCUUCAGUCAAGUGAGUCAGGCGAUGGCCGUGAAGACAGAGACGGAAGUGUAUCGCGCCGGUCGCAUUGGCCCCAUGAACACCAUGGGGGCGCUCUUCUGGCAGCUCAACGACGUCUGGGUGGCGCCUUCGUGGUCCAGUAUCGAGCUGAACGGCAACUACAAGAUUCUCCAGCACUGGGUGAAGCAAUUCAUGGCUCCGCUGCACAUCAUUCCGCUGGUGGAUCCGCGGAAGAACCUCCGGAUUUACGUGGUGAGAGACUCUCUGGGUGAGACGCAGAAGCUGACGGUGAGAUUGCAUCUGCACCACUGGGCGGGAUUCGAUGUGAAACUGGAGAAAUCAUGGUCACUGGACAUGCUUGUGGAACUCUUCUAUUGCAUUUUCAUCUCACGAAUUGCCCCAAAUCCUACCAAAAAACUCACAAAACUUCAACACACUAUUUUGACGAAUGCAUUUAAAUCUCUCUUCCAGGAGGAAAACACUGCAGUGAUUCUGGACACUCUCAACUUUGUGGAUAUCUUCGGAUCAGAAGUGAUGGAAAAAUCCGGCUUUCUCUAUUUCCUCCUCGAAGACGCCUCAGGUCGACUGAUCUCCACUAAUUUCAUCUUCCCGGAGAAGCUGAGAGACGCCCAGGGAAUCGUAAAUCCACACAUUGACGUCGUUGUGGCGUCCAACAGAUGCAGCUUCUCCGUCAGCCAAAUCUCUCUCGAGGUCAAGGCUCGAGCGCCGGCGAUUUUUGUCUACAUCCAAAUCAACAAUCCAGACAUCAAGAGUUACUCGCUGUCGAAGAAUGGCUACAUUCAGUUGGAGCCAAUUCACAUGAUAAGACUGGAGUUUGCGAACGAAAACUGCGCCACAACACUCCAGAAGAGAGACAUUCGCAUCCUCACCAUUAAUGACUACUUGAAGACCACCCAGUAAUUCUUGCCACCGAUCUUGCCAAACACAGAUGGGAGGAUUAUGCAAAUUAACCACGAUGUCAAGCACACUUCUCCAGUGAUAACUUCUCAAUCGCCGCACGAAGGUCGUUCACUUCGUUGGCAUGAGCGCAGCUCUCUGGAAUGCCACCGAAGACCUCAUGGAACUCCGCCAGGUGAUCUCUCCCCAGGGAUUUCGCCGUCUCUGCAGGUGACAAAUUAAAGUAAAGUGAUUUCAAUAAUCCACAAAUUUAUGUUUAAAGAGCAAAAAGAACGAUGUAUUUUAUCAAAUAAAAACCUUAUAAGAAACUCACCCAAUAA